AUGGGAGGUUUCAUUGAUGCGCCACGCUGCCCGGCGUUUCUCACUUUCCGGGACAGCCCCGCCCUUGUGAGGCAGGAAAGGCGCCUCGGAGGCUCUUUCGCGCUCGACGGCGCCGACCUGAGCAGCGGAGGCCUGUCCGGCACGAGAUGGACACUCUCGCUUGAUGUCGGCGCUGAGCGUGGCACGUGGAUGCCGCCGACCUGGGGCAGGAGCGGAGCCCGCGCCACGCCUCGCGUCCGCGUCGAGUUUGCAGAAGACGGCGAGCUGCGCAUCCUCGAGACUGGUCCGUACGACCGCGUCACUGUUAGCUGGGCAGGCGCCGGCCGCUGGACGCAGCCGGCGGGUCGCGAGAAGGCAGAGUUCUGGCUGCCGCACACGGGCCUCGCCAGGGACGAUGUUGUGCUCGAGGCAGGCAGGCUGCACUUCUCUGCGCCGGCGUGGGGCGCGCAGCUGAGCCGACGGGGCGGGACCACCAUUCUAGAUGCAUGCCAGCUAGCGGUUUCCGACGAGCACGCAGAGCCAUUGCCUUCUGGCUUCACGCGGUGCUCUGGGACGGAGGGCUCGUUCAUCGUGGGCACCUUCCGGGCGGCCCGGCUGGAGGAGGAUGAUGGGCCGCUGGGGGCCUGA